AUGUUAAAUGAUGAAAGAUUAAAUCGAAUUGAAUAUCGUAGUGAACACGUAUUGGAUGAUCAUACAACAAUAUUUUCAUCACAAAAACCAUUUUUAUCUAAUACUGAAAAUAUCUUUCAUAAUACAUCAACAAAUAUGAAUCUUAGUAAUAAUAUUGUUGAAGAUCUUGAUUUUUAUUUAACUAAUAAUAAUGAUCAUCAUUCUGAUAGUAGUCACACAUCAUCACCAUUAUCUCAGCAACAAAAUCUACAAUUUUAUUUUAUAUUAAAUGCAUUACCAUCAUCAACAUCAAGAAUAAAUGAAGAAACAACCACUUAUUUAAAUCAAGACCAACCAUAUGAAAUAAUAUUUCAAAUCAGAAAAAAUAAAACCGAAAAUCUUACGAGAUCAUCAUCUAUGGAUGGUUCAUUGCCAACAACUUAUCGUUCCAUAUUACGUUUAUGUUUUUGGGACAAAAUAUUACAAAAUCAAGAAUAUGAAUUAAUGCAAAAAUGGUUAAAUGAAUAUCAAUCAUCAUCGUUAUUUGAUAUUGAUAUGAAUCUGACAUAUGGAGUUUUAUCCAUAAUACGUUCAAAACAAAUACCAAAUGCUAUUGAAAUAGUGUGGGAUACAUCGACAACAACCUCAUUAUUUAUACGUUUUAAAUGUACAUCAACUGAUUUUGCACAAAAACGGCAUGGUGGAGAAAAAGGUAUACCAUUACGUAUACAAAUCGAUACAUAUGAAAAUGAUGUUGAUGAUAUAAGACAUUUAUAUUCAUGUUGUUGUAAAAUUCAAUUAUUUCGUUUAAAAGGUGCACAAAGAAAAAAUAAAGCAGAUAAAAUGAGAAUUGAAAAAUUAAAUCUUGAUCAACGUCGACAAUAUCAAACAACACUUGAAUAUACUAUAUUACAACAAUGUUCAAUUUCAUCACUUUAUACACUUAAUCUUCUUAGUCUUUCUUAUCCACCUGAUGAUUUAUUUGAUGUUUGUACAACACCAAUUGUUCAAGAAAAUUUAUUAAUAAAAAAUAAAGAAUGUGAUGAUUUAGAAAAUAACGAUCAGAAACUUAUUCGAAAUAAUAGUAUUGAAAGUUCAUCAUCAGUGUUAUCGUUAUCUUUGUCAAAUAUAAAAUAUAAUUCUACAGAAUUUCAUAAUAUCCAAUCAAGAACAGAAACAAAAAUUACCAUACGAUCAUCAAGUGAAGAAGUAUUAAAUUGGUUAAAUAAUAAUAACUUUUCUUCUGUGGUAAAUCGUUUUCAACAUUAUAAAGGUAUUGAUAUUCUUCGAUUAUCUAAAAUUGAUAUUCAUCAAAUAUGUAAUGGUGAUGAUGCGAUCAGUAUUCGUCUUUACAAUCAAUUGAAUGACACUCUCAUUCAACCAUUGAAAACUCUUUACAUCACAUUGACAAAUAAUGAUAUAUAUUCAACUAUUUAUUUACAUACAUUAACCCGUCGUGAAUUACUAGAAAAAACUUUUGAACUAAUUCAACAACCACAACAAGAAAUAUUUAGUAUAACACUUGAAUUAAAUAAAAUUAAAAUUCGAAUCGAUGACUUUUUUACAUUAAAAAAAAUUGUGGAUAGUGGUGCUGAUGUAGCAAUUGUUGGCGGAGGUUUUCUUGGUAGUGAAUUGGCAUGUGCUUUAGCAUAUCGAUCAAAAGAAAAUAGUAAAAAUGGAAAACCAAGUGGAAAAGUUACUCAAUUAAUGCCUGAAGCAGGUAGUAUCAGUAAAGUAUUACCAGAAUAUUUAAGUAAAUGGGCAUCGGAACGUGUUCGAGGAGAAGGUGCAGAAGUACUAACAAAUGUUCAACUUGUUGGUACAUCAGUUCAAGAAGGAAAAGUUAAUCUAUCAUAUAUUGAUCCAAAAGAACCAAAGAAAACAAGUUAUGUGACUGCUGAUCAUGUUGUGGUUGCCGUUGGUAUUGAACCAAAUACAGAUUUAGCAAAAUCAGCUGAUUUAGAAAUUGAUCCUAAUCAUGGAGGUUUUCUUGUUAAUGCUGAAUUACAAGCACGUCAUAAUAUUUGGGUUGCUGGUGAUGCAGCAUCAUUUUAUGAUAUUAAAUUAGGUCGACGUCGUGUUGAACAUUAUGAUCAUGCAAUUGUUAGUGGUAAAUUAGCCGGAGAAAAUAUGGCAGGUGCUCAUAAACCUUAUUGGCAUCAAUCAAUGUUUUGGUCAGAUUUGGGGCCAAAUAUUGGUUUUGAAGCUAUUGGUUUAACUGAUUCAGCAUUACAAACUGUUGCUGUUUAUGCUAAAGGUAAACCAGAUGAUGAAAUACAAAAAGAAGAUAGUGAAGGAAACCGAGAACAACAAGACAUACUACCAACAUCAAACGCUAGUGCAUUAAAACAUAAAAUACCAGAAACAGCAGCAACAUCAGCAGACAAUAAAGAUGAUUAUAAUAAAGGUGUUGUCUUUUAUUUAAAAGAAAACAAAGUUGUUGGUAUUGUUCUUUGGAAUAUUUUUAAUCGAAUUCCAAUUGCACGAAAGAUUAUCAAAGAUCAAGAAGUGAUUACUAAUUUUCAAGAACUUGCAAAACUUUUUAAUAUUCAUCAAGAUUAG